UGUUCGGACGGACGCAACUCCCACAAUCAAUAUCAUCUCCGCCCUCGAUGUCAACUGUUGAGGCUUCAAAGACUGCGGGCCGAGCUGCGGGCUCGCCUGCAGCGUCAACACUUUGGAGGUUAAUUCCUGCUUGCUGCUGAAAUUGCUGAGUUAGAGUUUGACGGGUGUUUGGACGCUGAUCAUGAUUUAUUCUGAUCAAAUGUAUGAUUUGCGGUAAAUCUUCGAGUUUUCUGUACGUGGUGAUUAGAACUCGGAUUAAUCCUGGAAGCAGAACACGCUAGUUGCAGUUCAGUUCAGCUCGAAGCUAAAAUAUUGAUUUUUAUUAGAGGCCGUCCUCGGCUAAGAAGGAUAGAGAAUAGUUACAUUUAUAGUGUCCGUUUAUAAUUCUAACCACUACAGAACGAACUCUUAUUUGUAAGCAACCCAAUAGAUGUGCUGAAAUUUCAAUCGAUUAUAAUAAAUUUAAGUAAAUUAUAAAUUAUAAGUCCACCUUAAUUGUACACGUCUACCGUUGAAGAGAUUGCUAAUAGACUGAUGUCAGAAAAGGCUGACGGAGCGAAUUUGAACUUGACGUUCCUUGACCAUCUAUCAAAUGUGACAAAUCGAACAAAUGUACUCAACAGUUGGCUCCCGUGUCGACGAGGGAUACCUACUGCACCGAUUGCUCUUAACAACAUCUGUAAUGGGUUCCGGGCCACCGGGUAUAGAUGGAAACGAAAAAGCCAACUGUUCGAGCCUGAACAUUUCAGCUCGAAGAAAAUUUUACUUUGUUUUGACAGCACUGCGGUUGCUUCGAUCUCAGUCGCAGCGAUGUUGGCAACCAUGCCUACGCCGUUGUAAACAACGAAGGGAACGCGCACAAAGAGUGCGCGAAACGACGUGCGUGGCAACAGCGCGCCGUUGACGACGGCGAAGGAGAGAAAGAGAGCGGAAACCCGAACGACGACGAAGAGUGGAGAGUUUUUUGGCGCGCAACGGACGAGUUUGCGCGAUCGUUCGGAGAAGAGACAAGUCUAUCGCAAGCAGCCGAACCGGUCGGACGUCAAGUCGAGCGCGUCGCGAUCGUCGGAAGCAACACUAAAUUAAUCACUUAAGCUAAGUUUUAGUCGUAAAAUAGAAAGUAGUGAGAGAAAUUCUAGUGUUGUGUUUGUGUUUGCGAUACUUUCGACCCUCCCAAACUGGUUCCCCAAGUCCGCCUGCAGUUAAGUGCAAAAAAUACAGUCCGCUCCGAACAUGGUCCGAACGACCCGGAUUAAUUGAACCAGAAGUGCCGGGAUUUGCGGGGACAGUGAAGGACAAAAGGCGGAGGGUCGAUUCUAUCGCGGCAAGUGGGCACAAGGCCCACUGAGUGAAAAAAGACGCCGCGGAAAAAAGUGAAAAAAGACGCCAUCUUGGCUCAAAAAAGUGCAAAGAGUGAAAAGUGCUAAGCGACGCCAUCUUGGAUGCGUCCAGAGCCUUCUGAAGCCGGAAAAAGGUUCCGGAAAGAAGGUUCAAGUGUAGUGAAGUUCCGGCCAAGAGGACACAAAGUUCCCCCAAGUACCGCGAUUACAGACUUGGCUGUUUUCCGUGCUUGGUUCGGACACUGGGUCCGAUCGUUGGUGUUCCUCUUGUGCCGGAAACUGCCAUAAAGUGCCUGCAAUAAUUCCCGGGAGCGGCGCUGAGCAAGGACGCGUCGACUCCAGAGAAGAAGAAGCGGAAGUUGCAGGCAGAGUCGGAAGAAGCUUUCGGGAAUUGGUCCUGUAAGUGAACGCUGAAGAAGAGGAGCGAAAACCUUCUGCGAACUUGGUCCGGAAGUGAAGACGCUCGAAGUGAGAAGACUUGCGCGAAAGUGGUUCCGGAAAACGCGAAGAACGUUCUGGAAAGUGGUUCCGGAUGUUCGACGCAAAGUGAAGUGAAAGCGAACGGUUCCAGCAGCCGUUCCGAGCUCAGUGCUCCACCACUGUAGCAUCGGUGGCCAAAGCGCUUCGCCCGAGGAAGUCACCGGAGAGGCUGGUGAACUCGGAGAAGGCGGCCACACCGAAGAAGAAGACCGGCGGCAAGUCCGGUCACUAAGUGCACUGAGUGAUCCCCUGCGGAGCGAGCAGUGUAAAGAAGCUGGCGGAGAUGGAGCGGUUCAGCGACGUCGUCCACCAGCGUGAGCUGGCUCAAGGUAAGCUUGUUACAAUUCUUGACAGCUUGGAAGAUGCCACGACGCUCACAUGGGCAGCGUUGAAGACGUGUCAGAAGGAGGUAGAAGCCGCGUACGAUGCGUACCAUACGGCGUACGGGCAGAUCCUUGGCAUGGUUCCGUCAACAUCACGGGACGAGCAAGAUGCCCUCUACGACGCCUUCGACGACCUGCACACAGAGGUCCUGAUGGUCAUCGAAGAGAAGCUGCUAGAAGUGAGCCAGCCCACACGACGAAGAAACGCGUACACGCCUGGUGUACCACAAUGGGUGGACGAGAUAACGAACGCAACAACCGCUAAGAUCGUCGGAUGCGCCAACGAGACGACCAUCGACGAACCCCCGAAGCGUUCCGGGAAGCUGCUGGCAGAGCAGCUGGACACGGAAGAUCGGGUACGACCGGAGUUUACCAUCCCGCAUGGUGAACGGUCCGAGAACAACCACAAGAUCGAGAAGUCCAAGACAUUCAUCGACACAUGCAAGAUCGCUGACGAGAAGGACUCGUCACAUCCCACCAAGAAGCCACCCGGACAGAACGCUACGGAUGAUCCGUGUCAGCAGAAGAUGGUCUCGACCGCCGGAAGUGAGCCGGCACAGAAGUGCGACGUGUGCGGACUAGGCCAGCACAAGAGCUGGAAGUGUCCGCAGUUCCUAGAGAUGGCAGUCCCCCAGCGGCUGAUCAAGAUGAAGGAGAAGCAACUCUGCUUCAAUUGCCUCCGGACGGGACAUACCUCGGCGCAGUGUGUGUCCACCGGAGCGUGCGCGACGUGCGAGGAGCGGCACCACACCCUGCUGCACGCCGAGUACCAGAGAAACUCAAAGCAACCGACAACACAAACGAAGGUGGAGCAACCUGGUGCUCCACAACAAGCCGAAUCGGAUCAAGUGACGCCAGAGGCCAGCUCCUCUGGACAACUAGCGCCGGACGCGCUGUCAGCCGUCGCGGACUCUCAGAAUAAACCCUGCAGCCCACACCCCUGCCGUGGUUUAUUGAUAGCAGCAAGUAAGACACAUUUGACGAAAGACAUCCUGGACAAACACAACGCGAACAAGUUGGCUGGCGUCGAGCAGAUGCAGUCACGUUCCAACACCAUGGCGAUUCCUGCUGGAGUUCAACUCGCCGUCAGAGUCAACUUGGUGGCUCUGCGCGAGACGAGCUUCAGCCAGGUCUUGGACGGCACGAUUGGAAGCGGUGCAGCACGUGAAGAAGCGGUUUGGGCUCAAGCCACGGCGUUUGAGAACGAACCCAAGUUGAAGCAGCACAUCGAAGAACAUGAAGGUGGACCGCCCUACAAGAAAGCGAGUGAGGUGAGCGAUCCAACGAAUGCGAAUAAAGAUUACCUGUCGUUCCAUGCAGUAGCACGUACACCAAAGACGACGCUGGCUUUCCUAGCUGAGCGUUUCCUGCUAGAAGGCACGAGAUUGGAAGUGACGGGGUGCAGCAUUUUGCUGCAAUCGAACGCAUUGUGGCUCGUGGAGCAGAUGAUGGAACGUACAAGAGCGGCAUCGGCACCGUACAAGGCGGCUGCAGUUGACUUACAGCUGAUGAUCGGUGAGCGGUCGAAGUAUCCACCAGCUGCAGCACCAACGAACAAGAGGCAGAAGAGUGGCACUGGAGGAAUUCACCCAUACGAGCGGUCGGUGUACGCCGAUCCACUGAAGCGAGUGUCACCAGACGGGACAGAAGAAAGUCCAUUGAGAAGCAGAACAAGAUGCCGGUUUUCGACAAUCGGCAAGCACCAACAAUCCCUGGAGUACAUUCCACAAGUCGGCCAGGCCUUUUGGCGGCCCCUGCGACUGUCAAUUGCGCUGACCGGCACAUUCUGUAAGAACGCAACGAAAUUAAGCCCAGUUUUGGACAACAGGGCGAAAUGGGUUCGCAUCGACUUGCGGAUCCCAAGAGCUCCCGGCGAAGAAGUGAAAGAAUACUUACCUGGCCAACGUACGGCCCAACGUGGAAGGCGAAAGAGUGACCUUUGGAUCGCCUGGAGAUCAACGGCAGUUCUUCGCGGGUGGAGGAUGUUCGAGCCUGAACAUUUCAGCUCGAAGAAAAUUUUACUUUGUUUUGACAGCACUGCGGUUGCUUCGAUCUCAGUCGCAGCGAUGUUGGCAACCAUGCCUACGCCGUUGUAAACAACGAAGGGAACGCGCACAAAGAGUGCGCGAAACGACGUGCGUGGCAACAGCGCGCCGUUGACGACGGCGAAGGAGAGAAAGAGAGCGGAAACCCGAACGACGACGAAGAGUGGAGAGUUUUUUGGCGCGCAACGGACGAGUUUGCGCGAUCGUUCGGAGAAGAGACAAGUUUUUCGCAGGUAGCCGAACCGGUCGGACGUCAAUUCGAGCGCGUCGCGAUCAUCGGAAGCAACACUAAAUUAAUCACUUAAGCUAAGUUUUAGUAGUAAAUAGAAAGUAGUGAGAGAAAUUCUAGUGUUGUGUUUGUGUUUGCGAUACUUCCGAUCCUCCCAAGCUGGUUCCCCAAGUCCGCCUGAAGUGAAGUAAAAAUACAGUCCGCUUCGAACACCAACUUUCUUGCUAGAAAUGGGUCAGAAGGGCACUUUAUUGACCCAGAACCCUUCUGUGGGGUCUCAAAAAUCGUAUUAAAAAUGGAGUUUGUAAAAUAUGAGGAAAAGACGAUUCAGUUGAACUGGACGAAAACACAAUUACUGAGACAAUCUAGGGAGUUCAUCACUCCCUCUACUCAAAAAUAAAAAAAUAAAUACUCAAUCUGAACAAGAAAUAUCUUGAUAUCUAUAUCGGGCUUAUAACAGGACACUGUCCGUCUAGAUAUCAUUUGAAAAAGCUAGGUCUUAGUCAAAUAGAUAUCUGUCGGUUCUAUGACUGUGAAACCGAAACAUCAAAACAUCUGAUAUGCGACUGCAGCGCACUAUCUGCAAGGCGAAGGCAGAUUCUUAACAGGCCUAUUUUAAGCCCUAAAGAGAUCUGGCAAGAACACCCCAGUAAGGUAGUUGAUUUCAUUUUAGAAAUUAUACUUGAAUGGGGCAUACCGCAACGUCAGCCAAUGACCGCUACCCUAAAUGGUAACGUCAAAUCAAAAUCAAACCAUCCACAUUAACGACCCCCGGGUCUUUUGUGGUCUCUAUUGCAAGUUUCUGAGCACCAAAACCUCUUUCUACUCCAAGCACCCAAACCUCUUUCUACUCCAAGGAACCUUCCACCCCAGUGUUUGAACUGACGACCUUUGGAUUGCGAGUCCAACCGCCGCCAGCGAUUCCACCGGAGUAGGCUUGGUUUGGUGUGUUUUUUGUUCUUAUGGCAUGGAGACGACUCCUACACCUGGAAUGACUUAACGGCCUAACAACAACCAAGGCCGAGACCGACAUUUUACUUCCUCAUCCGAUGAAAGGUUGGAGCAGAUGGGAAUCGAACCCAGAAUCAUCCGCUUACAAAGCGGACAGCGUAACCAUUCGGCCACGCACUGCCCCACAAAUGGUAACGUGUCAUCCUGAAGUCUGCGAUAAUAAAAUGGGUAUACGGUAUACCACAAUAGAUCAAAGUCAUGGUCGCAGUGGUCACAACCCAACAAAAAAAAAAAAAAAAAA